UGGGUGACCUUUCUCCUUCCUUGCUUUGGUCAGUGGACUUUCCAGGAGAACGUUUCCAGGAAGAAGAAAGAAAACCCUGCAUCGGGACGGUAGAGACCCUAAACCAAAAGUGAACGGGCGAGAGGUGAUCUCCGGGGCGGUGAUGAAGAAUCCUCCGGCCUUAGGGAGAAAGAGGUCGGGGUCGCCCCGGGAGGGCACGAAGAGCUGGUCAUCCCUUGCGGACGAUGAUGUCGCCGGGAUAUUUCCGUCCCCAAGUUGGAGAUCGUCACGGGACCCGGUUGAGGGGGAGGACGGAGCGCGGAUGCGGAGUCGCGGGCCGGAGGCGACGGCGUGUCGCGUGUGGGCAAGGACUCGAUGGCGGGGGUUCGCUCCGACCCCUUACCCGGCAAGCAGGCCCAGAAUAAAGAAACAAACGUUCUUGCUGCCGCAAAGGUGAUUGACACUAAAUCUGAAGAAGAGCUUGAAGAUUACAUGGUAGAGAUAGAUAUAUUGGCAUCUUGUGAUCAUCCAAAUAUAGUCAAACUUUUAGAUGCUUUCUAUUAUGAAAACAAUCUUUGGAUUCUGAUUGAAUUUUGUGCCGGUGGAGCAGUAGAUGCCGUAAUGCUAGAACUCGAGAGGCCGUUAACAGAAUCACAAAUCCAAGUGGUUUGCAAACAGACUUUAGAAGCAUUAAGCUACUUGCAUGAAAACAAAAUCAUUCAUAGAGAUUUAAAAGCAGGCAACAUUCUUUUUACAUUGGAAGGAGACAUUAAGUUGGCGGAUUUUGGAGUAUCGGCUAAAAACACAAGAACAAUUCAAAGAAGAGAUUCUUUUAUUGGUACACCGUAUUGGAUGGCUCCAGAAGUGGUAAUGUGUGAGACCUCUAAAGACAGGCCCUAUGAUUACAAAGCUGAUGUUUGGUCCCUGGGCAUUACUUUAAUAGAAAUGGCUCAGGUAGAGCCACCUCAUCAUGAGUUAAAUCCCAUGCGAGUACUGCUGAAGAUAGCCAAAUCUGAUCCCCCUACGUUGGCACAACCAUCAAAAUGGUCUCCAGACUUUAAGGACUUCCUGAAGAGAUGUUUGGAAAAGAAUGUGGAUGCCAGAUGGAAUACUUCUCAGUUGCUACAGCAUCCCUUUGUUACUGUUACUUCGAACAAACCAAUCCGGGAAUUGAUUGCAGAGGCAAAGGCUGAAGUAACAGAAGAAGUUGAAGAUGGUAAAGAGGAAGAUGAGGAGGAGGAAACAGAAAAUUCCCUGCCUACACCAUCAAACAAGCGGGCAUCCUCUGACUUGAGUAUUGCCAGCUCGGAAGAAGACAAACUGUCCCAGAAUGCUUGUGUUCUGGAAUCCGUAUCGGAAAAAACAGAACAAACCACCACUGAAGAAAAAGCCAGCCACAAAGCGUUGGAAGAGAAAACACCUUCUAGUGAGCCUGAGAAAAUUGAAGAGAGCACUAAUGAUGCACUUCCUCUUAAUGAUGCUGAACUCCAGAAUGGGUCGCCAUCCCUCAUAGAUAAUAAGAGCGAAGAGAAGGGACCUGAAAUUAAAGAAGUCGCAGAAACCUUAGAGGAAGUCGCCAAACCAGAGUUGGAUAGAAAAGAGGUUGUAGGGACCACUGUGGAAACAAAUGUUAUACAUGAUGUAAAACCUGAGAAAGAAAGCAAUCUGGAAAAUCAUGAGGUGUCUGAAAAUAAUCUAACACAAUUAGAAGAAAUUGAAGACACCACUGUCCAAGGUGCAGAAUUAGUCUCUGAAGAGACUGGAGAAAAGGAAGAGAAAACCAACGAAGUAGAAGUCCCGGGAGUUGAAAAUGAAAUCCAGUUAACUCCAGAAGGGAUGAAAGAGAAAGAAGGGGAGGAUAACACAAUAAAGAAAGAUGAGGCUGUCAGCUUGGAGGAAGUCGGUGAAGUGACUGAUGUAGACCAGAAACCAGAUGCAGAGAGGUCUGAGGAAAUUCAGACUAAUGAUGGGAAAGAAGUGGCUGAGCUGGAUGAGAAACCAAUACCAGAGAUGGCUCAGGAUACUUUGGAGGCAACUGGCAUCAAGGAAACCCAGGUUGAAAGUUCAGGUGAAACAGUUGGUGGAGAUCAGAAAUUUCCACAAGGUAAAAUUGAGGGUGCAGCUGAAACAAGCAGAAAUGAAGAACAUUUAAUGAGCAAUUCAGGGCAUAUGAUUGAUCUAAGUGAGAACUCAAAUGAAGUAGAGGUAAUUAGUGAGCCAGGUGUCACUGGGGAGACCCAGGUCGUAAAUGCAGGGGAGGUGAUUGGGACUGACCAAAAUUCAAGAGGCAGUGGAAUUGAAGAUGAUCAUAAAACCAAGAUUCUGCCAGGCCCGGAGACCACAGACGUUCCGAGUGAAGUGUCGAUUAACAUUGAACCUCAGGUUUCUGCAGCUUCACAGCCUAGUGAACUGCAGCCCACUACAAUACCCAGUAUCAGCAUUAACUCUGAAAAAGCUGAAGAUAAAGGGGAAACAAGAACUUCAUCUGGACCUGAUCCCGCCCUGCAGCCAGAACCUGAGAAUCAAAAGGAAAACGAUACCGAUUCAGGUACUGGAUCCACCGCUGAUAAUAGCAGCAUUGAUUUGAAUUUGUCAAUCUCCAGCUUCCUAAGCAAAAACAAAGACACUGGAUCAAUAUCUUUACAAGAAACACGAAGACACAAGAAAACAUUGAAGAAAACACGUAAAUUUGUUGUCGAUGGUGUAGAAGUCAGUGUUACGACUUCAAAGAUAGUCACGGAUAGCGAUUCCAAAACUGAAGAAUUAAGAUUUCUCCGACGUCAGGAACUGCGAGAGUUAAGAUUUCUUCAGAAAGAAGAACAGAGAGCCCAGCAGCAGCUCAACAACAAAUUGCAGCAACAGCGAGAACAAAUUUUCCGGCGAUUUGAACAGGAAAUGAUGAGUAAAAAGCGGCAGUUUGAUCAAGAGAUUGAAAAUCUUGAAAAGCAGCAGAAGCAAACAAUAGAACGCCUGGAACAGGAGCACACAAAUCGCCUGCGAGAUGAAGCGAAACGCAUCAAAGGAGAACAGGAGAAGGAAUUGUCCAAAUUCCAGAAUAUGUUGAAAAACCGAAAGAAAGAGGUUAUAAAUGAAGUGGAGAGAGCACCAAAAGAGUUGAGAAAAGAGCUCAUGAAACGCAGGAAAGAGGAGCUUGCGCAAUCCCAGCAUGCUCAGGAACAAGAGUUUGUUCAGAAGCAACAGCAGGAAUUAGAUGGGUCACUGAAAAAGAUCAUCCAACAACAGAAGGCUGAGUUAGCCAAUAUUGAGCGAGAGUGCCUAAAUAACAAACAGCAGCUCAUGCGAGCUCGGGAAGCCGCAAUUUGGGAACUUGAAGAACGUCACUUACAGGAAAAACAUCAGCUGCUCAAACAGCAACUUAAAGAUCAGUACUUCAUGCAAAGGCAUCAGCUGCUUAAGCGACAUGAAAAGGAAACUGAACAGAUGCAGCGAUACAAUCAACGGCUAAUUGAAGAGUUAAAAAGCAGACAGACUCAAGAAAGAGCCAGACUGCCCAAGAUCCAGCGAAGUGAAGCCAAAACUCGAAUGGCCAUGUUUAAGAAAAGUUUGAGGAUUCAUUCUACAGGCACCCCAGACCAGGACCGAGAGAAGAUUAAACAGUUUGGGGCUCAAGAAGAAAAGAGGCAGAAAAACGAGAGGAUGGCUCAGCACCAAAAACAUGAAAAUCAAAUGCGGGACCUUCAGCUGCAGUGUGAAGCCAACGUCCGAGAGCUGCAUCAGCUACAGAAUGAAAAAUGUCAUCUGUUGGUCGAACAUGAGACUCAAAAACUGAAGGAGUUAGAUGAAGAGCACAGUCAAGAACUAAAAGAAUGGAGAGAGAAAUUGAGACCUAGGAAAAAGACCCUGGAAGAGGAGUUUGCCCGGAAACUUCAGGAACAGGAGGUGUUCUUUAAAAUGACUGGGGAGUCCGAAUGCCUUAACCCUUCCACCCAGAGUCGCAUCUCCAAAUUCUACCCCAUCCCUAGCCUCCACUCCACUGGAUCGUAACUCGGGAGAAGUUGUGUGGUUGGGUUUGCUUUUUCCUUUCUUCGCCUUCUGCCACGAGAGAAUAGACACCUUACGACAGAGAAAGCACGGCUCUUUGGAACGACAGUGGAGACAAUCACACAAUCCCAUUUUAGGGUUUGUUUCCCCCUGCGAGGGGUAAGACCCCGGGCCGGGGGUUGGGUCGGGGGGUGACGCGGUACCUAGAGCAGAUCGUGGCCUGUCGGGGGGCCGCGAGGUACCUCGCAGUCGCUCCGUAAGAGACUUGUUUGUAUAUAAAUUAAAAACCAUCUCGCUUGUUGGUUAACCGUGAAAGCACUAAUGAGAUAUUAGGCAAGUAAUGUUUAACAUUUCAGAAACGUUGCUGUUCCUCCAGUUUGCAAAUGGUUACUGUCGGCUUGAUGGAAAUAAUUUCUUGGGACAAAAUUACACAGGAGAAACCGAUGGGGAAUGGAGGUUGGCAUUUCUUGUGAUGGUAGUGAAUCAACUUUUGUAGACGGGACAGACACCAACUCAUUAAAAUAGGCUGUUGAUAGAGUAGACACAUGGAUUAUAUUUUGUCCUUAAAGUCAGUUAGCUGCAGACUCUCCUGCGAAGAGGAAAACUCCUCCGGCAAUUGCUAGUUGAAGGCAAAUAAUGCCUACGAUGCUGAGUUUAUGAAACUCUGUAAGAGGAUGUUCUAUUUUGGUCUGUAGAAAACCCCUCCUUCCCUCCUUAGCAUUAACGUUACUGUCGUAAACAGAUUCUUGCUGCUACUGCCAUUUGUUAGAAAUUCUCAUCCUAAAAUAUUUUGCACUAAAGUCGUUAGAGGUGGAAAAAAAAAAUAAGGCCCCAAACUGUAGGACGCCCAAUUGAUUAUUUUCCUUACCGGUGUGAGGAAUGGCGUUCUACAAACGGAAAGAAGAGCUUAGCGCUGGCUGUCUUGGUUCAGGGUGCAAAUGCACGUUUUUUUCAAAUCUACCCUCCAGUUAAAUGAUUCCUUGAUUUUUUUUUUUUUAACCAAAGUCUCUUCUUCACAAACUCCUUCUGAGUCUGCGAGGUGCUGGUUGUAUUUAUGAACUUAGGAUUGCUGAAAUUAAUACCAAUAGAAAUAUUUGUUUAAAAAUGGUUUUAGAAAGUUUUUUUAAUAGAAGGAUUUAAGUUAAAUAUCUAGACCAGUUCUUUUAAGAAAUGUUCCAUUUUUCACAGAAUGGUCACUUACAUGUUACAGUUUUUAUUUUGUUCAAGUGCUUAGGUGUAUUAAAUUAUUUACUUUGAUUUGCAGUAGAAAAGGUCUGAAACUAUUAUGCAGUUGGUGGUAAAUGUAACUAUUAAAACAAUUGUUCCCUAUCAGUCACUCUUUUGAGGGUUAGAAUUUCAUGUAUGAAUCAUAUCAAGACAGUAUUAUAGACUGUGUCGUGAUAUGCCGGACAUGGAUUCGUACAAUAUCUGCCUCAUUUGCAAACUGCUAUCUUUUAGGUGUGCUCGGUGCCCAGUGUUUCAAAGCUUCCUUUUUCACUUGGCUAGUUUGUUCUACCUUUGAAGCUGGCGAAAAUUCUUAGCAGUUGGGAUUCCUGGGAACGGUGGAUCCGUGCGAAGGAAGCGACAUAGCUGACGGUCACGUUAUUCUGGCGGUCACUUAAAUGUCGGGUGCCGAAGCUCACCGUGUCAGUGAAGGUGGUUUAAACGAUUGGAAGAUGCAUGUCUCUAUUUUAAUUUUGUAAUUAAUGUUUUUGAUAAGCAUAAUCUACUCCGAUUACUUUGUAGCUAGCCUUAAUUUCUAGCGGUGUUUUUAUAUAAAUAUGUAUCAUGUACCGGUUGUAAAUUCACAGCCCAUAUCUCUCAAACACGUUGCUGUCUUCAAAGGCUUUGACAUUCUCGGAUGGAACGUGUUUUGCAAAAACUUCUUUUUAAGCUACACCUUUAUAAAGUAAUGAGAAUCGCGUUUGAAGGUGGAAGUGAUUUAUACCGCAGUGAUCAGAAGUCCCGACAUAACAGCAGUUGCACACUGGAGAGCUCUCUACUUGGUGGGGGGCAGGGGAGAGGAGGAAGCAGGGUGUGACAGGAGCGUUCGCCGUCCCCAGCCACCCACCCAACGUCUCCUCGCCUCCCACGUGACCCUUUUAUGUUUGCUCAUUUUCCAGGCAGAUCCCCUCUGCGUCAUUGCUUGGUGCCCGGGCUCGCCCUGUGCGUCUCGUAUGUCCUGGCAGGUGAUACCUGGGUGAGCCCGUUUGAGGGCUCCCCUCCCCUCCCUUCUCCAAACCACACAGGCAGAUGGUUGCUGAAGGUGAGAGCCUCCAGGCCCAGAAUGUAGCAGCUGAUGGCCUAAUCCAAUGGUCAGGAAGUGAACUCCGUUGCUUUGCAGAUCUCCAACUAACUAUCGUCUUGAUUCAGUGUUCAGGGAUGACUCCUGCUUAGAAGAUUGACCCAGAGGUCAGUUGUUCAUUCCGUCUCUUGUGCUGGCUUCGUCUUUUAAUGCUAGAGCGGGACAUACUGGCGAUCAUUCUGAAGAUGUCUUUUAUGUCUGCGUCUGCAUCUCGACCCCUUUCCCCGAACCCAGCUCCCGAUUCUCCCUUCGGGCAUGUUGUGUUGUGUGACCCUUCACCCUUAGACGUGCAUUAACUCAAACCGGUUCCACCACCAGUUCUCCUUCCCCACCCCUGGUUACCCUGAGCUGCAAACGAGCUGCUGCCUCACUUAAAUUGAUGAACGCUUAGACUCUUCCCCACCCUUUUCUGUGAGGUUUGGGAAGCGUUACAGCAGGGAGAAGGGAAUACAGGCCGUUCCCACUAGGCUAAGUGUGUGAGGCUUAGCCAGAUUCUCAUUAAACACAAGCCAGAACUGCUAAGAGUCACCUCCUAAGGAGCUGUGUUUUCCUCCAGCACAGAAGCUCCCAGGCAUCCCUCAACCGGGUCCAUGGAGGGUUCUGUUGUUUGAGCACCAACGAGUUUCGGCUGUCUGCCUUUUGUCACUCCUUAAACUCUCCCGCGGGAGCUGGAGACUCUCCUGCUGCCUACAGGAGAUAGAGGAAAGGAUGUUCUGAGAGAGACAGAGUUAGGUACAGGAAGAGCUCCCAGAACGUAGGGGUGACAUUCCGAACCCUCCUCUCGUUAAGGAGGACUACUCCUGGGGUCAUAGCAUUCGCAACCAGGGAUGACAUCGCGCUCCUGGACAGAGCCGGUCUCUCUGACUCUGGGUUGCGUGGUGUCGACUGGCGCAGGCUGUGGGAGGAACAUCCCUUAGCCCUGCACCCCGUUCUGACCGGAACGCGCCAUAAAGACCCGUGACCUGGGGGAAUGAGCCGACUCUACAGUCCUUUCAUCACUGUACGCGUAGAACCGAGAGAAGAGCAUGUUGCUAUCCUAAAGUCUUUGUGUAAUUGAGGAAAUCUAUUUUUUUGGACGAUGGUCUUUUACAGGAAACGGGAUAUGCUAUGAAAAGGACCUGAGAUGAGACCGCAGCCGAACAGUUUGAUUCGAGUAUUGCCGCCGUCCUGUGAGUGGAGCGGUUUGAGUUUGGCCUCAAAGCCUUUCUCCUCCAAGGCAGAGGCCGUGUUUCACAUCAGGUGACUGUAUUCUGACACCUUCCGGGGCCUGGCGAUCACGGUCUCUUCAGAAAUUUCUUCAGAAAGGUCUUUGUUCCAGAUUCUGCCUUUUGUCUCUUCAGGAGCAAAAAUGUCUUUUGAGUCAUGGGAAUGACCAAAAAAAGCUUAAAUAAAUUCAUUUCAUAUCUCUAUUGGGAA